AAGAAAAACAAAAAAAAAAUGUUUAGUCAUCCAUCAACGGAGUUUCAACCAGAAUAAUUAGAUUGAGCGACAUCAUUGUUCGUGCAGUAAAUCUACAAAUCCCAUAAAGAACAAUCCAGAAAGUUCUGGAAAAUUUAAACAUAUCGCCCUUAUAUUGGUCAGGAAAGUUUCUGACGAAAUCAUUGUUAAAACUGAAGCAGAGAGGGCAACUAACUUCUUCAAGAGGAAAUCCCAUCACGGAAGCAACUGUUCCAGAUUUUACCUUGAAAGUCAUCAAAAGAACUAUAGUUCGUGUAAGAAACAAUGGAGUUUCCACACUUAGGAAAACACUGUUCCGAAAAGUUCUGCAACAAGCUCGAUUUCCUUCCGAUGAAGUGUGACGCUUGUGGUGCGAUUUUCUGUUCAGAGCACUUCAGCUACCAAACGCAUUCCUGCCCAUCGGCUUACAAAAAGGACGUGCAGGUUCCGAUCUGCCCGUUAUGCAGUGAACCGGUUCCUACUCCACGUGACGUUUCCCCGGAUAUUACGGUCGGUGCCCAUAUCGAUCAGUACUGCAAAUCGGAGAAGAACAAAAUCUACACCAAUCGGUGCACCUUCAAAAACUGCAAAAAGAAAGAACUGGUUCCAUUCAACUGCACCGUCUGCAAAAUGAACUACUGCCUCAAGCAUCGUCACACUGCCGAUCACGAAUGUUACACCAUUGUCCGUCCAGCUGCAGCACCCCAGGUCCGAACCACUGCUGGCAUAGGAAGUAUCCUGGCAGGACGGGCGGCCAUGCAAAGACAACAACAGGCUCCGUCCACCGGCGUACAACCGAGAUCCCUGGUGACCGCUGCUGGUGGAGGCCCAGUACAAUCGAAAUAUGUUAGCAGCCUUCAAGGGAACAUGUCCGAGGAUGAAGCACUUGCCCGCGCCUUGGCCCUCUCGAUGCAGGAAGAGGAAGCGCAGCGAACAAAUGCCCAGCAGCCUAGCGGAAGCGGUACCAACAACAGUCGGACUCGAGGCAUAACCGUCGGUGGUAAUGGCAAAGACAAGUGUAACCUGUCGUGAUUCGCUCAAGUUUGACUUGAACCCAUGGGGAAUCAAUUUAAUCUGACGAGCUAAAUUUUGUUAGAAAAAAAUAUUAUCUUCUGAGGGGACAAUCGUCAUCAGUUUGGAUGGAGUUGUAUUUUGUUUUUUGAGAAUAUAUAAUAUCAACGACUACAUAAACAUAAUUACAAAUCAAAUCACGAGAUUUGCAUGGAACAGAUGACAUUAAAUGCUUUUCUGCAGCAGUUUUUCCUACCCUAUUCAUAAUGCGACAGUCAGUGAACAAAAAAACCUUAUGUAAUAUACAUGGUAUGAAGAUUUUAAAUUAUUUUCAAUAAAUGUUUCAAGAAUCUACAAA